CAUAAUCUAGCUUUGCGAUUCUCCUCCUAUUUCUCUCGGUGGGGCUACCUCUUCACAGAAAUAAGGCCAAGCUUUGCCGACGGCAUGAGGGCUAAGCUUUUCACCUUCAAUGCCGACGAGAGCAAAGGGAAUGUAAGGCUUAUGACUACCACCAGGCGACGGCGAACCCAAGAGCCUGGGUUCGCGAGGAACCUAGCUCGCAAUGUAAUGCGCCAUGGAGGAGCCACCUUAUCUUCAUCCUCUUCUGUUAUUCUCAAAAACCGAUCAGCUCACUUGGGCAAUAUCCUCCUUAUCACCUCGCUUACCAAAACCUUAUCAGAAUCCGGGACUUGGAACCUUGAUCCCAACUCCACCCCCAUCUCGGAGCCCUUGGGCAACCAGAUUCUUCGAAAGAAUUCCGUUGACCCUUCCAAAAAGUUGGACUUUUUUCGAUGGUGUUGCUCUCUCAGACCAAAGUUCAAACACACUGCGAGCACUUACUCACACAUGUUCCGUACCCUCUGCAACGCCGGGUUCCUUGAGGAAAUCCCAAAUUUGUUAGUUUCGAUGAAGGAAGAUGGAGUUGUUGUUGGUUCUGAGACUUUCAAGUUCUUGCUCAAUGCGUUUAUUCAGUCUAGUAGGUUCGAUUCUGCGCUUGAGAUUCUUGAUCACAUGGAAGAAUUGGGUACUAACUUGAAUCCCAGUGUGUAUGGUACUGUGCUCGUUACUUUGGUUAGGAAAAACCAGGUGGGUUUAGCGUUAUCUAUAUUCUUGAAGCUUUAGAAGCUAGUAAUGGCGUUGAUAAUGGGGAUUCUAGUUUGCUCGCGGGUUCAAUUGCAUU